AUGGUUGAAGAACUUAAGUCACAUUUUUGGGCUAUAACCCUGGACAGCAAUAACAGACAAAAUAUUUGGGAUCCUGAAAAAAAUCUGGCUACUCAUGUUGAUAUCCUGCAUCGAGAACACCAACUCUCAGUAAAACAUAUCGUGGUCGAAGAAGAAACACGAAACCAUGAUUUGAAUGUUGUUGAAAUUGAAGCAAUAGGUUAUAAAGAACAACCUAUUAAAUUUCCUGUAACUUUAAUGGUUGGAAAAUGUACUAUGAUGCAGUUAAACCUAUUUUUCCCUAAUCCACCUAUUACAUUUCACCUUGUGAGGGGCUCGGGACCUGUGCAUUUGCUUGGUAACCAUACUGUUAACAGUCCUGAUGAAGAAAUUUGUAGAAAUACAGGUGGAUUAGGUCAAGAAGUAGAGUUUGUGGUAGUUGAUGAGGAUGAAGAUUCGGAAGAGCAAGAAGAAAUCUUGGAAAAGAGUAACAGGAAAGAACUUAAACGCACUGUUUCACAGUCUAAUAUAACUAAAAUAAGGAAAAAAGCAAAGAAUGAAUAG